AUGGACGAACAGGCGGGCCCCGGCGUGUUCUUUAACAACAAUAACUCUGUUUUACCCGGCGCUGGCAAAGGACCACUGCCUGAUGGCGACGCAGGGGAGGCGGCUCGGGCGCAGUACAGUAUCCCGGGGAUAUUACACUUCCUGCAGCACGAAUGGGCCCGUUUCGAAGUCGAGAGGGCACAAUGGGACGUGGAGCGUGCAGAAUUACAGGCUCAAAUCGCCUUCCUACAAGGAGAGCGGAAAGGCCAGGAGAACCUUAAGAAAGACCUUGUGAGGAGGAUCAAAAUGUUGGAGUUUGCACUUAAGCAAGAGAGAGCAAAGUACCACAAAUUAAAAUACGGGACUGAGUUAAAUCAAGGUGACAUGAAACCACCAAGCUACGAUUCCGACGAGACGAAUGAGAACGAUACUUCUGGAUCGCUGAACAAUCAGCUGUCCUGGAAACAAGGACGGCAGCUUCUCAGACAGUACCUGCAGGAGGUUGGCUACACAGACACCAUUUUAGAUGUGAAGUCACAGCGUGUCCGAGCACUGUUGGGUCUAGCUGGCGAUGGAAGUGGGAAGACAGUUGAACGUAUAAGUACAGAACCUUUGGUCAAUGGGACAGACACAACAAAGGGCAUGGGAACCAGAGCUUUAGGGAAAACUGAGCUCUCGGACACGAGCGCUGUAUUGGAAGCCUUCAAGUUCAUCGAGAAUGCAGCAGCUGAGUUCAGUGAUGAAGAUGAUGAAGAGGAUAGUGAGGGGAAGGACAGGACCAAUGUGGAAUCCAGAACGAUCAUUAGAAAGAAGCCAUCAUCGUCAACGCCGCCAGCUAGUAUGGACACUAGUGAGGACCCAGACACAGAAGAUGCUCUUAAGGGCUUUGACUUUUUAUCAAGUCCUGACGAGAUGGACAUCUCACCUGAGUGCAGAGGGACAGGAGACGGCACUGACUGGGACAAGGACGAGCACGGUCCCAUUUCUGAGGCCUGGGACGUGGAUCCAGGCUUGAUAACCAAACUCAAGGAGCAGUACAGAAAGGAGCGCAAGGGGAAAAAGGGGGUGAAGAGACCCAACCGGUCCAAGCUCCAGGACAUGCUGGCUAAUUUGAGGGAUACUGAGGAUGUGUCCCACAUGCAGCCACCAUCGACCACUCAAUCCCGAUCCAACGUUGUGCGAUUUAACGAGCACGACGGCAACCGAACAGAUGAAGUGGAGGCGCUGACCUUCCCGCCUACUUCAGGGAAGUCGUUCAUUAUGGGCUCAGACGAGGCCAUGGAGAGCGAGCUGGGCCUGGGCGAGCUGGCCGGGCUCACUGUAGCCAACGAGGCCGACAGCUUGGCGUACGAUAUUGGCAACAAUAAAGAUGCCAUGAGAAAAACCUGGAAUGCUAAAUUUACACUCCGGAGCCAUUUUGACGGGAUUCGGGCCCUGUCUUUCCACCCAGUGGAACCUGUCCUUGUAACUGCUUCAGAAGAUCACACACUCAAAAUGUGGAAUCUUCAAAAGACAACUCCAGCCAAAAAGAGUACAUCUUUAGAUGUGGAGCCCAUCUACACGUUCAGGGCCCACAGGGGGGCUGUGUUGAGCGUAGUCAUGAGCGCCACUGGGGAGCAAUGUUUUAGUGGAGGAGUGGAUGGCACCAUCCAAUGCUGGAACAUGCCGAAUCCCAACAUCGACCCCUAUGAUUCCUAUGACUCAUCAGUUCUUCGUGGGGAGCUGUGCGGUCACACAGACUCCGUUUGGGGUUUAGUGUACAGCAGUGCACACCAGCGCCUUCUCUCGUGCUCGGCCGAUGGGACAGUGAGACUGUGGGACGCCAACAGCACCUCCCCAGCCCUCGCAGUAUUCAACGAAAAUAAAAAGAUGGGAGUUCCCUCUUCGGUGGACCUGGUUUGCAGUGAACCAGCUCACCUGGUCACAUCCUUCACUAGCGGGGAGAUCGGCCUUUUCAAUAUGGAGACAAGUCAACUUGUCCUCAGUCUAGAGUCCAAUGCAGGGCAAGGUCUUCCAAUUCACAUCAACAAGAUCCUCAGCCACCCAACGCUGCCCAUCACCAUCACAGCACAGGAGGACAGACACAUCAAGUUCUUCGACAACAACACUGGCAAACUGAUACACUCUAUGGUGGCCCACCUGGAUGCCGUCACGAGCUUAGCCGUGGACCCCAACGGACUGUAUCUCAUGUCGGGCAGUCACGACUGCUCCAUCCGCCUGUGGAACCUGGAGAGUAAAACCUGCAUCCAGGAGUUCACGGCUCACCGAAAGAAAUUUGAGGAGUCCAUUCACGAUGUGGCUUUUCAUCCCUCCAAAUGCUACAUCGCCAGCGCCGGGGCGGACGCUCUUGCCAAGGUGUUCGUAUGA